AUGUCGCUCGCCGGAAAAGUCGCUCUCAUCACUGGUGCCUCGAAAGGCAUCGGCAGAGCGACAGCGCAGCGCCUGGCUAGCGAAGGCGCCAGCCUGGUUAUCAACUACAACACCGACGCCGCCUCUGCCCAGGCGCUCGUGGACGAAAUCGGCCAGGACCGCGCUCUCGCGGUGCAGGCAGAUGCCUCGAAACUGGCAGACAUUGAUCGCCUGGUGGACGCGGCCGUGGCCAAGUUCGGCAAGAUCGACAUCCUCAUCCCCAAUGCCGGUAUCCUGCCUAUGCGCGAUCUGGAGCACACCACCGAGGAGGACUUUGACUUUACCUAUAAUCUGAUGGUCAAGGGACCAUACUUUCUCGCCCAGGCACAGAAAGCAGCAAAACACAUCCCCGCUGGUGGACGCAUCAUCCUCGUCUCGACCGGUGUGACCGUGCUCUCCAACAUUGCCCCAGCAUAUCUCCUCUACGCCUCCGCCAAAGCAGCCGUCGAGCAGAUGGCCCGCGUGAUGGCCAAGGACCUCGCACGCAAUGGGAUCCUCGUCAAUUGCGUCGCACCAGGCCCUACGACUACAGGGCUCUUCCUGAACGGCAAGUCAGACCAGAUGCUCAAGAUGGUCGCGGGAUUCAGCCCGUUCAACCGCAUCGGUGAGCCGGAAGAGAUUGCAAAUGCGGUAUACUUCCUCUGUAGUAAAGACAGCAGCUGGGUUUCGGGACAGACCCUCAGGGUCAACGGGGGAAUGGCAUAG